AUGAAUCAUGAAAAUGACGAAUUACAAAAAUUCAAAGGUAGACCUCUAUUCGAAAACGUGCACCGUGUGAAGCAGCCGAGUCUCCUCUCCCACAAAGCCCUGAACAUUGACAUGAAGGGUUUCUUAAACCUCGCGGUCAUAUUAAUAUGUACAGUAAAUUUCAGCCUGAUUCUGGAGCGUAUAAAGAAGCGUGGGUUCAUGGUAAAUUGGCCCCGGAGUAGUGACGUCCUGAAGAAUUUGCCUCUGCUAAUUUGUUUUUUGUGUUUAAGUGUAGGUCUCUUUUUUAGUUGGUUUAUUGAAAGGCACGUAACAUGUUGGUUGUUAUGUCAACCGUGUGUUAGUGAUGAGGGGGUCGGAGGGAGGAAGGUUUCUUCUGGGCGCUUCCUACGUGAGGAUAAAAACAGCAAAAUGAAGGAGUUGAAGAAUUGUGAAUUUAUAGACCAGAUAGGUUACUCUCGUGCUAGUGACGAGGCGACAAAUGAUGGGAGUGUUCAGAGUGGAGGGAAAAGCCCGUCGGGGGUGAGACGUAGAGGUGCAAAAAAGGGGCAAGAGGAGAAUGUAGAGGAGGAAGAAGCGGAAUAUGUAUAUGAAGAGGAAGAUGCAGGCGGAUACUCAUUUGGUCAGUUUGGCAACGUGCACAGUGGUAGUGAAAAGUCAAAAGGGUGGAAGAAUUUCCAUCUGUCCAUUUUUUUACUAAGGUGUAUAAAUAGCGUCUUCAUCCUGAUGCUUCCAUAUUUAACCGUGACUCACUACGACGCAGAACCCAUUUUUUCGUCGAUCCUACUGACCAUAUCUAUAGUGUGGUUUUUUAAAAUUUAUUCUUUUCACCAAGUGUGUUACGAUACAAGGAAAUUAUACAUUGAUAAGGUGAACCUAGACAGGAUAAAGGACCCCACAUUUGAAAUAGAAUACGUGAAAACUUACCCACAUUGUUUGAAAUUAAAAGAUUACUUCACAUACAUGCUCAUGCCAACAUUAUGUUUCCAGUACACAUACCCAAGGACAGAAAAAACGAGUUGGUCUCGCGUGGGCAAAUAUUCAAUUGAGGCAAUUUUACUAACAAUAAUGAUAAAAAUUAUUUUAGAGCAAUAUAUAUUUAUAACUAUAGAAAACACAUAUACCAUGCAGGAAUUUCAAUCAGCACAGCUGACGGUGAAGAUUACUCACAUAAUAGAACGCAUGUUAAAAAUAUCCAUCGGGACCCUAUACAUUUGGCUCAUUGGUUUUUUAAUUGUAUUUCAUCACUGGUGUAAUAUAUUGGCAGAAAUAACCCGAUUUGACGAUAGGCUUUUUUAUAAAGACUGGUGGAAUGCUAGCUCUUUUGCAGAAUAUUGGAGGAGGUGGAAUUUGCCUAUCCAUUAUUUUGUUCACAGGCAUAUUAACAAACCUCUCAUUUAUUAUGGCUUUAACAGAAGCUGUUCUAUGAUUAUUGUUUUUUUUAUUUCUGCUUUGCUACACGAAUAUUUGAUUAGCAUUCCUUUGAAGCUCGGUUUUUCAGGAUACAUAUUUUUUUUUUUUAUUGGACAAAUUCCGUUGAUACUUUUAACGAGCAAUAAUUAUUUUAAAAAGCACAAGACUACUGGAAAUGCAUUUUUUUGGAUUGUCUUUUGCAUCACUGGCCAACCCCUCAUUUUGUUCAUUUACUACUACUCCUGGGUGAGUCGCAAGGGCAUUCUGCAUCGCUGA